CUCUUGGGCGCGCGCCCCGCACUUCCUCCCGCGCGCAGCCGCCUGUUGGAGCCGGGGCGGGCCCCGCGGCCCCGCGCGAGCGGGGCGGGGCGAGCGAGGCGCCGGGAUCGCUCCGGGCCGGCCGUCACCGGCGAGCCCCGGCGCACCGAUCCCACACCCCUGUGCAUCAGAUGCCUUGAACCGUUUCUGGGCUGAGCUGGUUUUUCAGUGCAUCAGGAAGCAUGGAGCACCAAGUGUCCAUCACAUCCGACUGGAUGCUCCUUGGGCUGAUUGCAGUGGUGGUUGCGCUGCUGCUGCUGACCAUCUUUGGUUUUGUUGUCUACUCGGGGCUCUUCACGGAGGUUGUUGUGAGUGCUGGCUCCCCACCUGUCGGCAACAUCACGCUGGCCUACAAGUUCAGGGUAGGCCCAUAUGGUGAAUCCGGGCAGCUCUUCACAGACGGCUGCAGCAUCUCGUCGAAGCUCUGCUCCAUCGGUGUUUACUACGACAACCCUCACACGGUGUCUCCAGAGAAGUGCCGCUUUGCCAUAGGCAGAAUCUUGAGUGAGGGAGAUGCAAAGCCAUCGGAAGAGCAGAUCAAGCGGUUCCAGAAGUAUGGCUUCAAGAUCUUCUCCUUCCCUGCUCCCAGCCAUGUGGUCAUGGCAACCUUCCCGUUCACUACGCCAUUGUCCAUCCAUCUAGCAGUGAACCGUGUCCACCCAGCCCUUGACGUCUACAUCAAGGAAAGGAAGCUGUGUGCCCAUCCCCGGAUCGAGAUCUACAAGGAGGAUCGCAUCUACUUUGUGUGUCCUCUCGCCCGCCAAGGGGACUUCUACGUGCCUGAAAUGAAAGAAUUGGAGAGGAAGAGCAGGGCUGCUGCAGCUGAGGCUGAGGAUGCCCAGACAGACAUCACAGGGGCCGACACCAUGAGUGAGACAAGCUCCAUCAGCAUGGAGGCCACAACCGACAGCAGAGACACCUCGGUGGCCACCUCCAUUCUGCUGCCCUUCCCAGCCAGCCGUGGCCGGGAGGAGGCAGACAACCGCAGCGAGCACAGCUACAGUGAGUCGGGAGCCAGCGGCUCCUCCUUCGAGGAGCUGGACCUGGAGGUCACUGGGGAUGGGGAGGGAGCCCCAGGCCUGCUGCAUGACAUGGGCUACGCGGCCAACCCGGAGGUCACAGACAAGUGGACCAAGGAGCCCAUUGCUGCUGAGAGAGGAGAAGAGUGAAGCAGAGACCUGGCUGCCUCACCUCCUCCCAGGGCUUGAGUUACUGGGAACCAGCUGCCUUUCCCACCUCCUUCCUCUCCAGCCAAGAGAUACGAGUUGCUGAUGCCCCCGGGACCCACUCUCCCUCUCUGCAGAAAGGGUGUUUGACCAUUUCGGGCAUGCUGGGAGGCAGGAGGGUCUCCUGCAGCGCUCAGCGGUGUGGGGUAGGUGCAGGCUGGGGGGAGCAGCGAAAUGCAGUUGACGUUUGUGUGUCUCUAGAUGCGUCGCAAAUUCCUCGCAGGCGUCGCGGAACGGGGGGGUGGGUGGUGGUGGAUAGCAGAGGUGUCCCCCCUCGGCUCUGCCAGUGCCCCUCUGACCCACAGCUUCUCUCCACCGCACCACCACGUGUUUUCUAGCACCAAAGAGCCGUGUUGGAUUUGUUCCCUUCUUCUCUUCCCCUUGUUGAAAAAUGGAAAGAUCCCGUGUAAACCUGGUCCUCCUGGCACUGCCACAGGUGCUUUUGGGGUCUGUAAUAAAGUGGAUGCUUUUCCUCA